GCAAUUUCAUACGACAGAAAAGCAAACAGCUUGAAACCAAAAUCUUGAAAAAAGAGAAAAAAAAAAAAUCAGUGGCGGAGAAGAAGACUAUUCUUCCUUGUAAAUUUAUCCCUACCUCUCUCUCCCGCUUUAUCUCUUAAACCCUUUUGUUCUUUCUCUCUCUACAACCUACCUUCACUUUCCUACGCCUCUUCUCUCUCUCUCUAAAUCUUGGUAUUUGCUACUACUUCAUGUGUUUUUGAAUUAAUCUCUUUGUUGGGUUCAUAGAUGAGAAUGAAUCUGAAAUGGGUUUUGUUUUUCAUUUACAUUGGAGCAUUGUAGAUCUAAGAUUUUGAUUGAUUGUCGGACUUGUUCUUCUUCCUUCUCGAUCUUUAGGGUUUAAGGGUUUCCGACAAUGGGCACGCCCUUUCACAUUCCUGUCACUGCUGCUCAGGUGGGAACAUACUUUGUUGGGCAGUACUAUCAGGUUCUUCAGCAGCAACCGGACUAUGUUUAUCAGUUCUAUUCUGAUGCCAGUACUAUGAUCCGGAUUGAUGGCAAUUUCAGAGAGUCCGCCACUGCAAUGCUGCAAAUACAUGCACUUGUUAUGUCACUUAGUUAUACCGGGAUUGAGAUCAAGACCGCGCAUUCACUAGAAUCGUGGAAUGGUGGUGUUCUUGUGAUGGUUUCUGGCUCUGUUCAACUGAAGAAUCUCAAUCGAAUGAGAAACUUUGUGCAAACUUUUUUUCUUGCACCCCAAGAGAAAGGCUAUUUUGUUCUGAAUGACAUCUUUCACUUUGUUGAUGAGGACCCAGUGCACCAUUAUCCAGCAGUCUUAUUAAGUCAGAGCAAUUUGGAUUCCACCUUAAAUGCUCCUACCGCAGUUCCAGAGACAGUGUCCAAUUACUCACUUAAUGGAGCAGUCCAGGUGCGGGAGUUUGCCCCACCUGUUGUCAAAGAAAAUGGUCAUAUCGAUAACCAUAAGUUUGUAGAACAGCAAGUGCAGCAAGUUCCAGAGGCAAAAAACAUUAUUGAGGAAAAUACAGCAGAAGUAAAUUCUAUGCAUCACAAUGCAUCAGCUAUUUCACAAGAUCAUUUUCCUGUUUCUGUUGAAGAGCAUGCUGAGGAGCCCCAAAAGCAUACAUAUGCUUCAAUUCUAAGGGUUGUUAAAGGACAAGAUGUUCCAUCUCCCGUUGCUGCUCCGCAAUAUCCUGUUAGUAAGGGCACACCACCUGCUUCCGAGCAAAACUACACUCCACCUCCCACCAGUCAGCAAGUACCUUCAGCUUCCCAAAAUAACUCUGAAAUGGAACAGACAGGAGGGGAGUUCCCUUCGAUUGAUGAUGAAGGUGAAAUAAAGUCGGUUUAUGUAAGAAACUUGCCAUCCACUGUGUCUGCUUCAGAAGUUGAGGAGGAAUUCAAGCAUUUUGGCAAACUCAGUUCUGAUGGGGUGGUUAUUAGGAGUCGCAAGGAUGUUGGUUUUUGCUAUGCGUUUGUCGAAUUCGAAGACAUUACUGGUGUCCAAAAUGCAGUCAAGGCGGGUACUGCCCAGGUUGCUGGGCGUCAAGUAUACAUCGAGGAGCGGAGAGCAAACAGCAACAUCCCGCACCGAGGAGGAAGAAGGGGUAGAGGAAGAGGGAGCUAUCACACCGAAUCUUCGAAGGGACACUAUAGUUCUCGUAGUUACAGUUACGGUAUGGGAGUUCGAGAUGGAAGUGACCGUGAGUACAUCAGACCAAGGGGCAAUGGCUUCUAUCGACCUACUACUCGACAGGAGAAAGGGAACCUAAGCCAUCAAGUAACAAGAAAUGGAGAAACUCCAUCAGAGUUGUCAUAGCUCGUUUAGCCAAGCAAAAAUUUUUGGGCCUAGCAUUAUCAGCUCAGCAGAGGCACUCACCUUACAUUGAAGAAUAAUUUGAGUCAUUAUAAAGCCAUUUGCCUAUGGGAAAUAUGAAUUGCAUUAUUUUUUCCAUUGAGUUUCUUGAUUCAAGAACAUUUCAUGAAACUCUCUGUUUUUGCCUGUGGUAUGCUUAAAAUUAAUAUUCAUUAUUUUAGAUAUAAUCAAUUUCUGUCUCACUCACCUACAAA